CAAGCUCCACAUUCAACAAGCUAUUCAAUAUUCAUAGAUCAGAGCAAGAGCAACCAUAAUCUUUGUGAGUGAAGAAUUGAGAAGUGAAGCAAAGUUAGAAAAAUACAGAAUGUAUGUGACUAGGCCUCUUUCACUGUAUAAGAAAUCUGCAGAAGCUCUCUCAUCACCUCCACCUGAAGGCCCCAAUUCUGGUAUACUGGUGAUCCAAGAUGAAGAAUUGGAAACAACCUCUUGUUUGGGGUUGGGACAGUACCAUGAGGUGAAGGCUUUGCCUUUCCCUCAAAAUUUGAACCUUGAGCUGUUCUACAGAUCAGGCAUUUCACUCAACAGAAGCACUCAUUUCCACCAUGUUGCCUUCAUUCCAGUGCUUAAUCAGCCAUUGUCUUCCAACAAAUACUAUGUGAUACACCUUAAUGGCAAGAACAGAGGAGAAGCAUACAUUAAUUCAAAGGAGGAAGAUUUGGACACCUUCUGUUUCUACAAUUCUGUUUCUGAUGCACCCCUUCAUCCCUUGGAUAUCAAUGAUUCACACCAUGAGUUUGAGAUAUUUCCUAGGAGAAGCAAAGUUACUUUCAGGAGUGGUUUCUCAGCUAAAUCUGUUGCUCCAGAUGGAUACCCUCCAAGGUUUUUGAGUACAAGGUGGAAAGUGAGUGCUUCUUCAACUUCAAGUGAUUUUAAUCUGGGAGAAGCAUCAGGUGUGAAUGAUGACCUCCGUGCAAGCCAGCCAGAGUUCAAAUUCUCCUUAGCUAGUACAAGUUCAGAAACUGUGGCUGUUGGAAAAUGGUACUGCCCCUUCAUGUUUAUCAAGGAAGGAACUCACAGAACAUUGAAAGAUGAAAUGAGGAAAUCUAUGUUUUAUGAGAUGACACUUGAGCAGAAAUGGGAGCAAGUAUUUUCAUGUGAGAAUGAUAAUAGAAUGGGAAAUGUUGUGAAUGUGGAUGCUGUUGUUCAAAAGGAAGUGGUGGUGAUUGCUGGCUGGGAAGCUGUAAUGGACAGGAUGGAUGUUGCUGAGGGUCUUUUGUGGUUUAAUAGUUUCAACAAUGUUGGAGAGAAGAACAGUGUGGGACUGAGCACUGCAAUAGUUGAGAGAAUGAAGUGGGAACAGGAAAGAGUUGGGUGGAUUGGAGGGAAAGAAAACCAGGUUAGAGUAGUGAAAUCUUUUGAAGGGACUAAUGGAUGGAAGAAAUUUGGAUGCUAUGUUUUGGUUGAGAGUUUUGUUGUAAAGAGAUUGGAUGGAAGCAUAGUGCUUAACUAUGCUUUCAAACACUCUCAUCAACUUAGAAGCAAAUGGGAAUGAAAAUUUCUGGUGUUGGUUUACACCAAGACAAAUUCAUCCUGUUAUGUUUUCAAGUGUAUAUGACAAGGUCUAUGAGAAUAGGAAAUGCCUAGUCUUGUAACCUACUUAUUCAAUUUUGUCAAGAAGAAAUUUUUUCCAUUCUUUCA